GUGACAAGUAACAAGUGACAUAAUACUUUGUGGACAGUCCCACGUGUUCUUGAGUGAUACAUUACAAUGAUGAAUCUUUCGGACGUGAGAAAACCGAUAAAUAAAGAAAUUGAAAUUUUAAUAUUAACAAAUUCCAAUAAUAAUGAAGUUCAGAAUUUGCCUAUUUGUGUGCAAAAUAUAUUAAAUGGAGAUUAUGAAAAUGUUAUGAAUGAUGAAUUAUUUUCAAUUCUAAUUCAAGAAUUAAAUGGUGGUAACGACGUUUCUAAGUUUAUAAAUGAUAAUAUAGAAAAAACAAAUUUAUAUGAUUCAUGGUUAUGCACAGGCAUAGCUUCUUUAUUAUAUUUCAUUCAACAGAAUUGGACAGGUCCAGAAGUUAAAGAAAAUAUUAAAUGGCAAAUUAAUAAAGAAAAUGUACUUAAAGAUCUAUCUUUACAUGAUGAAUAUAAUGCAAAUGUUAAAAUGCCUCAUCUGCUUUAUUUUUCUAAAAUAAUAUUUUCAAAUGAAAUUCUACAAAAUGUCUAUGAAAGCUGUAUAUGGUGGCUAUUUAGAACAAAUCUUUUACAUCAACUUAUACUAAAUGAAAGUUCCGGUAUAAUAUUUGAUGAGACAGAAAAGUUGAUUAAAGAAAUCAGCAAUUUGCAGCUGUUAAAAGAAGACUUUUAUUGCGAGACGUUACUUUAUAUUGAAGUUGCACAGUUUUAUUUUUAUUAUAGGAGAAUUCAAAAUUCAGAAAAAUAUAUUGAACUUGCUCAGGAAAGAGCAAAAUUGAGUUUAAAUCUUGAAGGUGCGUUAGGUAAACGUACAAAAUAUCAGGAAGACAAGGCACAAUUAUUUUUAAGAAUAACUUUAGAAAAAGAACAAUUUCCUUCUAGAGAUUGUGAAAAUUUACCAAAGUCUCUAGAUUUAAAUGACGAUAUUAGAUUAGAGCAUAUUGAAUUUUCAAGAAAUAUAGAAAAUACACAAUUGGGAGCAAUGGAAGAAGCUAUUAUAUUAGCAAAAUAUAUUCAAUUACAGUUAUCACAACCAAGAGAUAAAUUGACAGAUGAAGAAGUAACACCUUAUUUAACUGUAGUGGUAAAUAAUACAAGAAAUUGGUCUUUAAAAGUGGCAUCUCUUUAUUAUCGAUGUUCCUUGGAAUCUGGGGAUAAACGAACUGUUGAACGAUCAAUGAUACAAAUGGAAUAUUUAAUACAUGAAUUAAAUAAACCAAAUGUCUCUGUUGCAAACAGAAUGGAUCUAUUCUUUGCCAGUGGUUUUAAGCCAGUUUGGACUUUAGAACAAAUGUGGGCACAAUUGAUGUUAAGUCUUGGAUUGGUAAAGGAUGCUUUAGAUAUUUUCUUGAAGCUUAAGCUAUGGGAAGAAGUUAUAGCCUGUUACAAUAUACUGGAACUGAAACACAAAGCAGCAGAAAUUAUAGAACAGGAAAUAUCUAAAAAGCCAUCAGUCCAACUAUGGUGCUUAUUAGGUGAUGCAACUCAAAAUCCUAAUUGUUAUAAAACAGCAUGGGAACUGUCCAGUGAAAAAAGUAGUAGAGCUCAAAGACAAUGGGGAUUUUUUUAUUUUGCUAAGCAAAAUUAUGAAAAAGCUAUACCACACUUAAAAUUAUCAGUUGAAUUAAACCACAUACAAGAAGAUGUUUGGAUAAGACUUGGAUUUGCUGCUUUACAAGUGGAAGAUUGGAAAUUGGCAGUAACAGCAUAUAAACAUUAUUGUGCCCUAGAACAAACAACAUUCGAGGCAUGGAAUAAUUUAGCAAAAGCUUAUAUAAAAUUAGGCGAUAAAGCAAAAGCAUGGAAAUCUCUUCAAGAUGCUAUUAAAUGUAAUUAUGAUCAGUGGCAAAUUUGGGAUAAUUUAAUGGUUGUCAGCAUUGAUUUGGGACAUUUUUCAGAAGUGAUUCGAUGUUAUCAUCGUAUUUUAGAUUUGAAAAAUCAUCAUUUAGAUGUUCAAAUUCUUGAUAUACUUACUAAUUCCAUAUUAAACAAUAUAAAUGAUUCAGAUGGAAAUUUUACACAAAAAUUACUUCCAAAAGUUUUAGAAUUAUUUGGGAGAAUUACUUCAUUUAUACCUAAUAAUUCUGAGGUUUGGAGAAUGUAUGGGCAACUUACAGUUCUUAAGAAAACUGAUAUUGAUAAUGAAAAAGCAAUACAAUAUUUACAGCAAGCACAUCGUAUUGUUCUAUCAGAUGCCAAAUGGCUUUUACAUGAAGAAUCUGUUGAGAAAGUAUUACAAUUAUGUCAUAUAUUGGCAGAAACAUACUUGCAAUACGCUUCCAACUGUGAACUUAAAAAAAAAAGAACGCUGUUGGCAAGCGCAAAAUUAUCUCUUCAAGGAGUUGUAAAAAAAGUUAAAGAUAAAGAGUGGAAUGCUGAAAAAAUUUAUGUAUCAAUGGAAAAAGUUGAAAAAUAUUUGAAUACUGUAGUAGCUGAACUAGAACAAAUAAAAAUGACAAAUUGA